UUUAAUGGCCACAUGCAUACGAAACAUUACAGUACGUUAAUAUAUAAUGUUUGGAGGUACUUUAAAGCGUCAAGUCUCAAGUAUCCUAGUAAAUUAAAAGCAUUAAAAGAAAAUUCUACUAAGAUACCAAUAAUUGAUAAAGCACAUACUCAUCCUCCAAACACGCAUGAAGUGAAAGUCUAUAAAUGCUUAGCACGAAUGAAAUAUAAGACAGCAACUACGUCAACAAAUCUAAUUGAGAUUUACUGUGAAGAACUUGGAAGCUUGAAUAAUGAAACUCGAGCUAAGAUGCAACUAGAAACAAUUACUAAAAGAACUUUUCGAAAUCAACGAUCAAAAAAUAAUUUAAAAGAACCUAGACAUUUAGAUGACUGUAUAAUCAAAGGUAACUGGGCACUCACAAAUGAUGGACUUAUAUUAUUACUAAAAGAUAGUAUAGAAGAUCGAUUUGAAGACAAAGUUAUCAAUGUUAUCAUAUUCUCCACUGAUGAAGGGUUAAAACAUCUCACCGAAGCGGAAACAUGGAUAUUCGAUGAGGACGUGAUACCCGUAUGUGUUGUCUCCGUCUUACAAGUGAAUAACAUGGCAAAUUUUACGCAAAGCAAAUCACGUUUUGCUCCAUUAGUUUAA